UAUAUAUAUAAAUAACUUCGGAGGGGGGAGGGUGUUAGGAUUUUAUAUAUCUGUAUACACCAUACGUUAGCUGGAUUUUGCCAUUGCAAACGGUGCUUCAGCGCAAGUGGAUGAAAAUGUCCACUAGAACUCCGCUUCCCACAGUGAAUGAACUGCCCACCGUGAAUGAAAACGAUGCCGGAACAUCAGUAGGGGAAAGCUUUUCUGAAAAGCAUACCUCUCAUGGCGAAGGACGGCAGGAAGCUCCCCCUCGACCUAGUCGGUCUGGUGCCCGCUGUAGGAAUUCUAUAGCUUCCUGUGCAGAGGAACAACCCCAUAUUGGGAAUUACCGGCUUCUUAAAACAAUUGGAAAGGGGAAUUUUGCAAAAGUCAAACUGGCCAGACACAUUCUUACUGGCAGAGAGGUUGCAAUAAAAAUAAUCGACAAAACACAGUUGAACCCAACUAGUCUACAGAAGCUAUUCAGGGAAGUGAGGAUAAUGAAGAUUUUAAAUCAUCCCAAUAUAGUUAAAUUAUUCGAGGUAAUUGAAACCGAAAAAACACUCUACUUAAUCAUGGAGUAUGCAAGUGGAGGGGAGGUGUUUGACUAUCUAGUUGCACAUGGAAGAAUGAAGGAAAAGGAAGCAAGAGCUAAAUUUAGACAGAUAGUAUCUGCAGUGCAGUAUUGCCACCAAAAGCAUAUUGUUCAUAGAGAUCUCAAGGCUGAAAAUCUGUUGCUUGAUGCAGACAUGAACAUUAAAAUAGCCGAUUUUGGUUUUAGCAAUGAGUUUACAGUUGGAAAUAAACUGGACACAUUUUGUGGCAGUCCUCCAUAUGCUGCUCCGGAACUCUUCCAAGGCAAGAAGUAUGAUGGACCUGAAGUAGAUGUUUGGAGCUUAGGUGUCAUUCUUUACACUCUUGUGAGCGGUUCUCUGCCUUUUGAUGGGCAGAAUCUAAAGGAACUGAGAGAAAGAGUGCUGAGAGGGAAAUACAGGAUUCCAUUCUACAUGUCAACGGACUGUGAAAACCUACUGAAACGUUUCCUGGUGCUAAACCCAACUAAAAGAGGCACUCUUGAGCAAAUUAUGAAGGACAGAUGGAUCAAUGCAGGGCACGAGGAUGAUGAACUUAAGCCUUUUGUUGAACCAGAGCUAGACAUCUCGGACCAGAAGAGAAUAGACAUUAUGGUUGGAAUGGGAUAUUCUCAAGAAGAAAUACAGGAAUCUCUUAGUAAAAUGAAAUACGAUGAAAUCACUGCUACAUACUUGCUACUGGGGAGAAAAUCAUCAGAGUUGGAUGCCAGCGACUCAAGUUCCAGCAGCAACCUUUCGCUUGCGAAAGUCAGGCCAAGUAGUGAUCUCAACAACAGUACUGGACAAUCUCCCCAUCACAAAGUGCAGAGAAGUAUAUCUUCCAGCCAGAAGCAGCGACGGUACAGUGACCAUGCUGGUCCAUCUGUUCCUCCAGUAGUGGCAUAUCCCAAAAGAAGUCAAACUAGCACUACAGACAGUGACCUCAAAGAAGAAGGUAUCCAGUCUCGGAAAUCCAGCAGCAGCACUACUGGAGGAAGAGGGGUUGCUCCUGCUAGCCCUAUGCUUGGGAAUGCCAGCAAUCCAAAUAAGGCUGAUAUUCCUGAGCGUAAGAGAAGCUCUGCUGCACCCAAUAACAACACUGCACCUGGGGCCAUGACGCGGCGAAAUACAUAUGUUUGUAGUGAAAGAACAACCGCAGACAGACAUUCAGUCAUUCAAAAUGGCAAAGAGAGCAGCGCUAUUCCUGAUCAGAGAACUCCAGUUGCUUCAACUCACAGCAUUAGCAGCGCAACAACACCUGACCGUAUCCGUUUCCCAAGAGGAACUGCCAGUCGCAGCACUUUCCAUGGCCAGCUGAGAGAACGGCGCACUGCCACUUACAAUGGGCCCCCUGCAUCACCCAGCCUGUCUCAUGAAGCAACCCCACUUUCGCAAACACGAAGCAGGGGCUCCACUAACCUGUUCAGUAAAUUGACUUCAAAGCUGACGAGGAGAAACAUGUCAUUCAGGUUUAUCAAAAGGCUCCCAACUGAAUAUGAGAGGAACGGGAGAUAUGAGGGCUCAAGCCGCAACGUGUCCGUUGACCAGAAGGAUGACAACAAAGAGGCCAAGCCCCGUUCGCUGCGAUUCACCUGGAGCAUGAAGACCACCAGCUCCAUGGACCCUAACGAUAUGAUGAGGGAAAUCCGCAAGGUCCUGGAUGCCAAUAACUGUGACUAUGAACAGAGGGAGCGUUUCUUGCUUUUCUGUGUCCAUGGAGACGGCCACGCGGAGAACCUCGUACAGUGGGAGAUGGAGGUGUGUAAGCUGCCAAGACUGUCGCUGAACGGAGUUCGCUUCAAAAGGAUAUCGGGAACAUCCAUAGCUUUUAAAAACAUUGCUUCCAAAAUUGCCAAUGAAUUAAAGCUGUAAUGGGAAGAGCAAUCAAGUUUGUAAAUUUAAAAGUAGCAAAUUUCAAGUGGGUUUUUUUGUUUUUGUUUUUUGAGAACACCAGUGGAAAUGUAUAGAAUAAUAUUUAGGGCAAUAAUUUCUGCAUCUUCUGAAUCAUGAUAUUAAAACUGUUGAGACAAGCUGCUGAGCUGGGAGGGAGAAUUGGACUUUUUAUAUAUAUACAUAUAUAUAUAUAUAUGCACUACAGCAUUAAAGUUGCCUACUAUGUAAAAUAUUAUUCCCUUCUGCUUUAUUUCCAUUGCUCCGAGUCUUGGCGAACAAUCUGAAACACCCAAAUAUAUACAUUUGAAUAUUCCUCUUGUUUGUGUGGAUGUGUGAAUGUACCGUAUGUGUGUAAAAUUAUAAUAUAAAAAGUAUUAUAUGUAAACCAUUUAAAGCA